CCCCCUUCGUUUUUCCAGGCAGACAAACAAGCCCUCCACAACAGAGACGAGAGAUGCGCAUCUCACCCCUAGCGUACUUUAGGCAACCUCCAUUUAGCUUAGCUUGUACCUGAUACAGCCUCUUUGAAUAGGAAAAUAAAAAAAGAAACAUAUAAGCCCCCAAAACCAUCGAAAGACUAUCGUCAUCGUCGCUUCCAUUUCCGUUUUCAGACGCUAUUUGUUCUCUAUUAUUGCUCUCAGGGAAGCCUAAACGGACCGUUUUAACAAUGACCGCAAUAUUCGAGUCUUUCUCGGUCUUAAACCCUAAACCUGUUUCUUCUUCUUUCCCUUUAAACAAAAAAGCAGCUUCAAUGGCUGCUUUGUGUUCCUCGCCUUCCUCUUUGCGAUUCAAUCCGCUUCUUAAACCUCGCGUUUGCAGAGUUUUCGCUUCGCCGUUCAACGGGCUGAGCUCUACCUGUCUUUCCCUCCAUCGUCGGAGCUCGGUUGUCGCUCUCGCUGCUUCGCAUGAAGAAUCGAAGCAUUCUGAGAUUGAAGUUGAGAAAGAAAAGGACAGUGUCAAAUUGGGAGCUGAUGAGUCAAAGGAAGCUUGGAAACAAGCCCUGGCUCAUUUCAAAGAACAAGCCUUGAAGUUACAAAGUGUAUCACAAGAGGCGUAUGAGAUAUACUCUAAGAAAGCAUUGGUCAUUUUGAAAGAAACCUCAGUGCAGUUGAAAAUACAAGCUGAGAAAGCCAGACAUGAUUUGAGUGAGGCAGCAAAGGAAAUCAAUGAAGACGGUAAAGAAUAUCUUUCUACGGCUGCAAAGAAUUCUCCUGAACCUGUUAGGGAAAUUGUGGAUACAUUCACCUCCUCAGCUGAUGAUCUCAAUGAUAUUUCGCGGGUCCACGACUUUUACCUUGGGAUUCCCUACGGUUUGGUUCUUUCGGUUGGUGGCUUUCUAAACUUCAUGUUAACAGGAAGCAUUUCCGCCCUUAGGUUCGGUGUUAUCCUUGGUGUUACUCUUCUGGGUUUAAGUAUAUCAAGUUUAAGGGCAUAUAGGCGAGGAGAGUCAGUUCCUUUAUCCUUGAAGGGGCAGACAGCCAUAGCCAGUGUAAUUUUUCUGAGGGAGCUACGCUUGCUAUCUCAGAGACCAUCAUUUCUGAGUGUCAUAACAACCUUUAUCAGCGGCGCGGUGGUAGCUUUCUAUGUCUAUAGGAUUAUACUAAAAGGGAAACAGGAAAGAGGGCCACAAUUUGAAAACGAGGCAGAGAAUCAGUAAACUUGCCAAGGUAGGUUGGUUUGGUAGUAGUGCCCAGUGAGUGUCUGGUGGUAAAUUGCGGUACACAACGAACUAGCAUAAUCUGUCUGCUUGAUCACAUUGAGGAUAAAGGAUUUUCUUCUUGCUUUUUACGGAUAUAUGCAAGCUGACAGGAUGUGUUUUCAACGGACGAGUAAUUUUAUCUGAUAUGUAUUGUUUGCUCUUUGAAGCAAAACAGGCAUUUUGAUAUAUACUCAGGGCGUUGGAAGGGUAGAGCCCCAUAAGGAGGCCUCAAAUAUGUUUAAUGUUAUUAUUAUUUUUUUUAAUAUUUCUUUUUUGGGUAAAUUACAUAUACACUAUAGUUUGGAUUUAAAAUUUUUCACAUUUAUCGUUUAUCGUUUAACUAUUGCAUUAAUUGCAUA